AUGGCCGGGUACGGAGGUGGAGGAGGGACGAGUAGCUACGGCAGCGGUGGAGGCGGAGGUGGAGGGGCACUCAGUGGCCUCGGGAGUUUGUUUGGAGGUGGAGGAGGGAGCAUCUUUGGCGGUUCUUCGGGAGGCGGGAGCCUCUUUGGAAGCUCUUCGGGAGGCGGGCUGGGCAGCUUCUUCGGCGGCGGUAGCGGCGGCGGCGGAGGCGGACUUAGUAGUAGCUACAGCGCGCCCAACUCCGGAGGGGGCGGGUCGGGUCUCAGUGGAAGCUACGGAGUCCCGAUUCAGGAGGAGGAGGAAUCAGCAACAGUUAUGGUGUCCCCAGUUCAGGAGGUGGCGGUGGGCAUGGAGGCUCAUCUGGAGGAGGUGGCUCAGGGUAUGGAGGAAGCUCUGGCGGAGGUGGAGGAGGAGGUGGCUCAGGGUAUGGAGGAAGCUCUGGCGGAGGUGGAGGAGGAGGUGGCACAGGGUACGGAGGAAGCUCUGGCGGAGGUGGAGGAGGAGGUGGCUCAGGGUACGGAGGAAGCUCUGGCGGAGGUGGAGGAGGAGGUGGCUCAGGGUAUGGAGGAAGCUCUGGCGGAGGUGGAGGAAGUAUGUACGGAGGCUCCGGGGGAGGAGGUGGUGGAGGUGGAUAUAACAAAUGAAACUGUUGAUGAGUUAUAG